AUGUCCUCCACCCUUAGGGAGCAGCGUACUCAGUACGAAGACCCUCAAAUUCUUGACUGGUUUGUUCAGAUUUGUCUGGCACUGCAGUAUAUUCAUGAUGAGAGGAGGAAUGUUCUUCACAGAGAUAUCAAACCUCAGAAUAUUUUUCUGACUGAAGAUGGCUACAUCAAUCUAGGGGAUUUCGGAUACUCAAAAGUGCAGAAAAGAGCAGAUUCUUAUACAUGCUCAUUUAGAGGUGCAGAGCUCUAUCAGAGCCCAGAAGUUUAUCAGAACUUAUAUACUUCCAAAAGUGAUAUUUGUUCACUGGGAUGGGUGCUCUAUGAUCUCUGCAUGCUGGAUGUGUGGUCAGAUGUUAAAAAACGUCGCUUUCAACAAGCCUCCCACGAUAUAGGAUACCCCCUUCAAUUCACAAAUAUGUAUUCACCGGAGCUACAGGAAUUAAUCAAAGACAUGCUCAGAUGUGACCCUACAACCAGACCUUCAGUUGAUGACAUUUUAGCAAAACCAUUCCUAAAAGAUACUUUAAACAGAAACAAGAGACUUCCAGAAGCACUGGAACGAAGGUUCAUGAUGUCGUUAAAGAUCUUUGAUGAGAACUACAAUAAGCACUAUGAUCAAUUUAUGGCCUUAGUUACAGAGUGGGGAAAAACAACAGAUUCACUAGAGGAGGUGCAUCAUAAAUGCACAGCAGGCACUCUGUCAGGUUCAGUGAUUGGAGCAGCUGGAGGAAUCACUGCAGUGGUUGGUGCGAUUUUGGCUCCGUUCACUCUUGGCGCAUCUCUGAUAGUUACAGGUGUUGGUGUUGGAGUUGGAGUUGCAGGUGGUGUAACAGGUGCUGCUUCCAGCAUUACCAAUACAGUCAAACAAAAAUCACUCCGUGAGAACAUUGAAAAAAUUCAGAAGAACUUUACAGAUGUGACACCGAUUCUCGAUUCACUGAAUACAGUGAGAAGGGUACUGAGAGUAAUCCAAAAAUUCAGGGAUUUUGUCAGUGACUCCUCUAACAAUGUGCAAAUGUCAUGCAGUGUAGAGAAAAGAAAACUAAUGUGUGCCAAAGAACUCAUGAAUCUAGGUCUGCUGGCAAAUGUUGGCAGGAUUGCUGCUCAAACUGCCAGAGUAGGACGGGCUGCAGCAGCAGCAACAGCUGCAGUCACAGGAGUGUUGAGUGGAAUCCUAGUCAUUGUUGACACCGUCUUCAUAGUGAAAGACUCCAUAGACAUUCACCAGAUGAGACGUGGGAAAGUAGAUGAUCCAAAAAAGGUCAAUUCAAAUGUACUAAAGUCCAUUGCUGAAAUGAGGAAAACACAUACAGAUCUGUGCAAUGUCUUAAAGGAAAUUCAAGAAACAAGAGAGGAACUAAAUGAAUAUAUAGAAGUGGCCAGGGCUGAAAGAGAUUUAUACAGAGAUUUCGAGAGUUUAAACAUAUAAAUAUGAUACCAGUCAGAGACUCAUGCAGCAUCCUAGAUUUGUCUGUGAGCUUGAGUGAAGAAAAAGGGUCACGCGUGAGGUCAGACUUUUGCAGUCAUUCUAUACUGUAAAUA